AGACGCGGGGAAGGGCGGGGCCAGGGCAUUCGGCUCCGAGCGUUUUUAACAACUUGGAAUGCGGUGCUUUGCUGCGCUCUCCAGAGAAGCUGUGGGUUCCGGUCCUAUGCGGAACAUGAGCCCCAGGCUCUAGCGCUCCCCGAGUGUCGGAUUGAGUCCCUCUUCGCUCUCGCUUGCUUCCUGCUCACCAUGGAGUCUUUGGCUUUCCUCCGGCAUCCCGGCGGGGCUCCCUUGGCCGCCGCCGCCCCGACAGGGGAUCUUACCCGGAUCCUGGCUGAAGGGCUCCUCAAGUCGCCCAAGCCACUGAUGAAGAAGCAGGCGGUGAAGCGGCACCACCACAAACACAACCUUCGGCACCGCUACGAGUUCCUGGAGACCCUGGGCAAGGGCACCUACGGGAAGGUGAAGAAGGCGCGGGAGAGCUCAGGGCGCCUGGUGGCCAUCAAGUCAAUCCGGAAAGACAAAAUCAAAGAUGAGCAAGAUCUGAUGCACAUACGUCGGGAGAUUGAGAUCAUGUCAUCACUCAACCACCCCCACAUCAUUGCCAUCCAUGAAGUGUUUGAGAACCGCAGUAAGAUCGUGAUUGUCAUGGAGUACGCCAGCCAGGGUGACCUGUACGACUACAUCAACGAGCGGCAGCGGCUCAGCGAGCGUGACGCCCGGCAUUUCUUCCGGCAGAUCGUCUCUGCGGUGCACUAUUGCCACCAGAAUGGGGUUGUGCACCGAGAUCUCAAACUGGAGAACAUCCUCUUAGAUGCCAACGGAAAUAUCAAGAUUGCCGACUUCGGCCUCUCCAGCCUCUACCACCAAGGCAAGUUCCUGCAGACAUUCUGUGGGAGCCCCCUCUAUGCCUCGCCUGAGAUCGUCAAUGGGAAGCCCUACACGGGCCCAGAGGUGGACAGCUGGUCCCUGGGGGUUCUCCUCUACAUCCUAGUGCAUGGCACCAUGCCCUUUGAUGGACAGGACCAUAAGACGCUGGUGAAACAAAUCAGCAACGGGGCCUACCGGGAGCCACCCAAACCCUCCGAUGCCUGUGGCCUGAUCCGGUGGCUGUUAAUGGUGAACCCCACCCGCCGGGCCACCCUGGAAGAUGUGGCCAGUCAUUGGUGGGUCAACUGGGGCUACACCACCCGUGUCGGGGAGCAGGAGGCUCUGCGUGAGGGUGGGCACACUGGCGGCGACUCCCGGGCCUCCGUGGCAGACUGGCUCCGGCGGACCUCCCGCCCCCUCCUGGAGAACAGCGCCAAGGUGCGCACCUUCUUCAGGCAGCAUGGGCCUGGCGCGGGGAGCACCACCCCCGGCCUGGAGCGCCAGCACUCGCUCAAGAAGUCCCGCAAGGAGAACGACAUGGCCCAGUCUCUCCAAGGCAACCCGGCCGAUGACAGCUCCCCUCGCCCUGUCAAGGGCAACCUCAAGCUGCCAAAGGGCAUUCUCAAGAAGAAGGCCUCGCCCUCCUCAGAGGGGACAAAAGAGGAACCUCAGGAACUCAGCCCCAUCCCCACAAGCCCAGGGCAGGCUGCCCCCCUGCUCCCCAAGAAGGGCAUCCUGAAGAAGUCCCCACAGCGCGAGUCAGGCUACUACUCUUCUCCUGAGCCCAGUGAGUCAGGGGAGCUCUUGGAUACAGGGGACGUCUUUGUGAGUGGGGACGCGAUGGAGCAGAAGCCCCCCCAGGCCUCGGGGCUGCUCUUGCACCGCAAGGGCAUCCUCAAGCUCAACGGCAAGUUCUCCCACACAGCCUCAGAACUCACAGCCCCUGCUGCCUAUGGGUCCCUGGACAAACUGGCCUCUCCUCGCCCCCCAGUCCGGGCCAGCCGUCCCACAGGGGCUGUGAGUGAGGACAGCAUCCUGUCCUCCGAGUCCUUCGAACAGCUGGACCUGCCCGAUCUGCUCCCUAAGCCCCCCUUGCGGGGCUGUGUGUCUGUGGACAACCUCAUGGGGCUCGAGAAGCCCCACUCAGAGGGCCCUGGGGGCUGCCUGCGGCGCUGGCGGCAGGACUCGCUGGGAGAGAGCUGCUUCUCCCUGACAGACUGCCAGGAGGUCACAGGGGCCUACCAGCAGGUUCUGGGGGCCUACCCCAAGCUCAGCUGAGGGCUAGAGGGGCGACCUCGCCUGGGCACACUCUGAGAGGCACCUGGCUUCCCUCUAAGGGGCAGGUGCCUUCUUCCCUACCUCCAGAACCAGCGUCCCAGCCCAGAAGGCUGAGACAUUUUACAAGGAGCCUCGGGGAGGGCUGGGUGUGGGCAGCAGGCAGAUGAAGCGCGUCGAGGGUUCAAGGUCUUUAACCCUGGGGAUCCAAGAAGGUAAUGGGCAGAGUGUGCAUACCCGUGUGGGACCAGGUUGCCUUUUUCUUGUACACACGGUGGUGCUGCAGGGCCCUGGGAAGAGCGCCCUCGGUUGACCAGCUCCUUAAUUGCCACGAUGCAGUGCCUUCAAGGGGCCCCUCCUCUGCUCAUUGUGUGCCAAAGUGGGGAGGAGGUCUUCACACACAUUACCAUCCCCACCAGCCACUGACACUGGAACCCCAUACCCCUAAUGUGCCCGGGGUGUCCUGGAAUGGUCUGGAGACACCCUUCCUUAUUUAUCCUGGGAGUAAGAGAACACAACCUCUGUUUCCUCAAAGGUUCUCUCCUCUUCCCCACCCUACAAAGCGGGCCCAAGCCUCCUGCAGAGCCUCCUACAGUCACUGCUAUGAAUCGAAAAGGCUUGAAAAGGCUUUGGCUGCUGUAUGAACUGCAUCUCGAGGAGCC